CCUUGGCCGAACUCGAAGCGUCCGACUCCUCUCCCACAACGAAACCAAGCAUUGAACCCACAGUGCGAAUAAAGUGUUUGAGCGGUUCCAUGUUGAUAACCAUCAAAGAUGCGCCGUUAAAUCAUGAGACUGGCCUCUUUAGUGGCAUGAUUUAUCCAAAGGGACUGUCGAAAAAUUCGACUUGUCUCACAGAGUACAGGGACCAUGAAGGCCCAUUGCGUUAUAAGCUGCCGUUACGUAGUUGUAAUACAAUGCCACAAGAAACGGAUGACGGCGGCAUUGAGUUCUUCAAUACCAUUGUCCUGCAGCCGCAUUUGAAACUCAUCACCGAUGCGGGUCGUGGCUAUCAUGUGCGUUGCUCAUACAAGAGCCGUGAUGCGGCAACCAGUUCGCCAAGUAAGAAGCACACAGAACGACGCAAAGCGAACAGUGGCAAGCAUGCGCAAAAGCCGCAAGCUUAUCGCAGCGCUGAGUCGGCCCCAGUGGGAGUGGGAGGUAGUGACCGUCGCGAUUAUGGACGCUCAUUGGAUAAGUAUCGUGCCACUGGCGAUGAAUUCGAUCAGGAAGAUGUGUUUGAAGAUGGCGAAGAUGCUGUGGACGAGGGUAAUGAGGAGAGUCUUAACGAGAUACCGAUGCCUGGCUGCCAUAUGAAAAUCUACAAUUCAGAGCAUAAAAUUGCUGAUGAUGUGAAAAUUGGCGAUCCGCUGACGAUUGUCAUCAGUAUUGACAAACAGGAGCUGUAUGGGCUACAUGUGACCGAUUGCAUUGUGCGCGAUGGCUUAGGUUGGGGCGAGCAGCGGCUGUUGAGCGAUGAUGGUUGCCCUAUGGAUAACGAAAUCAUGGGCCAAUUCAACUAUACUAGCGAUCAUUUGGCUGCCAAUGUUACCUUCCCUGCACACAAGUUCCCCUACACCACAUCCGUCUACUAUCAGUGCAAUGUGCAUUUGUGCGCCUUGCAGGAUCCCGAGUGCCAAUUGCCUCCUGCGUGCAGCGGCAAACGACCCAAACGACAAACUAACAACGACAACAAAGACGAAGACGGCCAACCGGCCACCAUCGAAGUCUACUCCGGUCUGUAUGUGAACGAGAAUGUGGAUGUGUCCGAGAGCGAUGAUGAUACAGUGCUCAAAGAGCGUACACUUGAGGAUGCGUUGUGCGUUUCGCAGCGUACUUUUGCCAUUGCCAUAGCAAUCGCCGGUCUCAUAUUGAUGUUGGCCGUCGUUGCCGCCGUACUCUGCAUCAUGGCCCGAAGGAGCACGAAGAGUGUUUCGAAUUCGGGCAGCUCCAUUUACAGUGGUCCCUACACGAAUACAGCGUUCUCGCAUAGCAGCUAAAUGCAACGCAAAAUAACGCAACCCAACGCAAAUACCACACAACACAAAUGUAAACACGAAUGCACACACACACACACACACGAAUAGGAGCUAGAAAUUUUCGGUUAAAACAUUUUUGUAUUGGAUUUUUACGCGGAUAAUUUUUUUUGAUUUUGUGUAUUUGUAAUUUAAAUUUCUUUUUUAAUUUUUGGUUAACACACACACUCAUAUAUGAACACUCAAAGUGUUUUAAAGCAAACGAAAUGUUAAAGUAAGAGAAGUUUUGAAAAUUUCUUGUACACUGCCGCCGCAAAGAAGCGCAGUUUGUAGUAGUCAUUGUGUUUAGUUGUUAAGGUCACAAAGGUCACGUUAAGCGACGCAUAAGUGGAAUUAAAUAAUGCAAUAGUUUUUUGUGUAAAUGUGUUAAGGGCAAAGCAUAUAGGCAAGAAGAAAAAAUACUUAAACACGGAAUACUUCAAAAAGUAAGCUCAAGCUAUGCUUAGUAAACGCAUAGGGAAUACUGUGAGUUUUACUGUUUUUUUUUUCUUCUCCUUUUUGCUCUGCCCCAACUUGAGCUGCCCAUAAAUAUGCAAUUAAUUAAUUAAAAUAAUUAAUGUAUUAACUUUAAGUCUAUAGUAAGCCACGACACACGCUUCCUUUAGAGUCUUUAUAUCCUAUACCAGAUACACUUACGCACAUACACACAUGCACACUUAAUACAUACAUGCAGUCAGUAUAUGUAGAUAGCGUAGAUAUUACUGGGCAAUAAAAAUAUACAAUAUAAAAUACGACAAGUUAAGUGUAAAAGAUAAAAGUGUGAGUUAAAAAACAAAAAUAGUAAGCAAAUAUUUGCCCUUUAAUAUCGCAAAGGUAUAACACCUGAAAGUAUGCAACUUGUCAUAGCGCAUGCUCGCAGGCACCUUUGUUUAGCUAAUACAAGUAAAAGUACUCGUAAAACUUGAGAAUAUUUUGGUGGUGGUCAAUUUAUUACAUUUAUGUAAUUUUAACGCUUGGUUGGCGCGCCACAUGCAAAGGGAAAAAUUUAGAAAUACUACAUUUUUUCUAUUAAGAAUUUGUACGAACAACGAACGCGCUCAACCUGCUCAGGUGAUACUAUUAACUAUUUAAUCUAAUAUAAAUUUAAAUUAUUAACCUAAUCCACUAAUAUUGGAAUUGAGUUAUAUUUGUUGUAUUGGAAAACCAAAGUUUAUCCAUUGCUACUUAAAACGAAAAUAAUUUUUGUAUUACUAUCUAACUUGAAAAAAAAAAUUAUAAAAACAAAAAAAAAAUUGGAAAAAGUGAAAAAAUGAGAAGCAAUAUUGUAUUUACACUACGUACCAUCUUGUCAUUACAACUUAAACUUUAUUAUUUUAACUAUUUACUUUAAUUCUAACUUAAAACUAAACUAUCGAAUCAGAUUUAAAUCAAACUAAUUUAUUGGUUAAAAGAAAAUAGAUGAGAAGAGGAACAAAACUAAAACAGAAAGUUUAAGUCUAAAGCGUAUGCGUUUGAAAAAUUAUAAAUUGUAAAGUGUGUCGUUAUGGCGGGAAAAAACAAUUAAAAAUUACUUAUAAAAUAAAUAUAUGAAAGAAAUAAAGGCCCUUAAAAUGAACAGUCCUAAAAAUUAUUUGUGUACGCGUUUGGUAUAGGGCGAAUGCACGAUUGAGAGAAUACAUUUGACAGAAUCAAUUGGAUUGGCGUCAUUUU